AUGCCCAAGGGGGUCGCAGAAGUACGCAUUGGAAAUUAUAUAAUAGGAGAAACACUUGGUGUCGGGACAUUUGGAAAAGUGAAAGUUGGGAUACAUAAAUCAACCGGCGUCAAAGUUGCGGUCAAAAUUGUAAACAGAGAUAAAAUUAAAGCCCUAGAUGUCGCCGGAAAACUUCGUCGGGAGAUACAGAACUUAUGGCUUUUUAGGCACCCUCACAUUAUCAAACUGUACCAGGUCAUAAGCACGCCCACUGACAUCUUUAUGAUUAUGGAGUAUGUCAGUGGUGGUGAAAUUUUCGAUUUUAUCGUCAAAUCUGGGAAGCUUAAUGAAAAAGAUGCGAGAAAGUUCUUUCAGCAGAUCAUCUCAGGAGUCGACUAUUGUCAUAGACACAAAGUAGUUCACAGAGACUUAAAGCCAGAAAAUCUCCUACUUGAUUCAAAUCAUAAUGUCAAGAUUGCAGACUUUGGACUUUCCAACAUGAUGCAGGAUGGUGAAUUCCUUCGUACUUCUUGUGGUUCUCCCAACUACGCUGCUCCCGAAGUAAUUUCAGGAAAAUUAUAUGCUGGGCCAGAAGUGGAUGUGUGGUCUUGCGGUGUCAUUCUUUAUGCUCUUUUAUGUGGAACAUUGCCGUUUGAUGACGAAAAUGUGCCUACAUUAUUUAAAAAAAUCAAAGCCGGAUAUUUCCAUAUGCCUGAGUGG